UUUGCGGACAUAUUUUACCUGUGACCACGGUCGUACUCUUUGUGAAAACGUCGAUGAACACUCUCUUUCCUUCUUCUUCUUCUUCUUCUCGUAGUGAUCUAGAUUUGACUGUCGUGUAUCCCAUUUCCCUCAAAUUUGCGUAAGUAGGUAGGAGAAGCAACCAUGCAUCUCAAAUCUCUGCCCCACAAGCCCCCGGGCUACAUGCUCGCCGCCAUCCUCUGUUCGCUGGGCGGCUUCCUGUUCGGCAUCGACACCGGCAUCAUCGGUCCCGUCACCGUCAUGGACGACUUCAAGCAGUACGUCGGCAACCCGUCCCCCACAAUCCACGGCCUCGUCGUCUCCUCUAUCCUUAUCCCCGCCGCGUUCUCGUCCUUCUUCGCGGGCAGAGUGGCGGACAUGCUGGGCCGGCCCCGCGGAAUCGCCAUCGGCUCGUUUAUCUUCGGCGUCGGCGCGGCGCUUGAGGGUGCGUCCACGCACAUUGCCAUGUUUAUCGUGGGACGGGUCGUCGAGGGGAUCGGCGAGGGUCUUUACCUGAGCGUGCUAGUUGUCUACAUCUGCGAGAUCUCACCCCCGAGACACCGCGGCGCCCUGACCACGGGCCCACAGUUACUAACCACCCUCGGCCUCGUGACCGGCUUCUUCACCUGCUACGGCACCGCCACCAUCACCUCGUCCUCAUCAUCGCCAUCCAUGUCCUGGCGCCUGCCCUUCAUCCUGCUCGCCGCGUACUCCCUCGCCUUCAGCACCGCGAUCCUCAUCUGGCUGCCCCCGUCCCCGCGCUGGCUCACGCUCCGGGGCCGCGCCGGCGAGGCCGCCGCCGCGUGGGAGAAGCUCGACGUGCCCGCCGCGGACCGCGAGAAGAUCCUCGAGCAGUGCGAGACGCCGGCUGCCGUGGUCGCGGAGAGCACCGCCGGCGCCCUCCCCGAGGCGAGCAGGGUCCCGAGCAUCGGCAACGUUGCGGCGGUCGCGGCCGCGUCGCUGAAGGAGAAGAAGGCGAAGCUGCUCGACGUGUUCGCGUCGGAUGCGCGGCCGCAGCUGCUGUUGGCGGUCUUCCUCAUGGCCAUGCAGCAGCUGAGCGGGAUCGAUGGUGUUCUAUAUUACGCCCCCCUCCUCUUCUCCCAAGCCGGCCUCUCCACCACCUCCUCCACCUUCCUCGCCUCCGGCGUGUCCGCCAUCCUCAUCUUCAGCGUCACCAUCCCCGCCACCCUCCUGGCCGACCGCUGGGGCCGCCGCCUCAACACCAUCCUCGGCGGCCUCGGCAUGGCCGCCACCAUGUUCCUCAUGGGCUCCCUCUACGCCUCCGGCUCCGUGCACGGCGGCGAGGGCGCCGGCCGCUGGGUCGUCAUCGCCGCCAUCUACGUGUUCGCCGCCCUGUACUGCGUCACCUGGGCCGUCGGCGUCAAGAUCUACGCCGCCGAGAUCCAGCCCCAGCGCACGAGGGCCAGCGCCACGAGCCUCGCCCACGCGGCCAACUGGCUCGCCAACUUCCUCGUCGCGCUCGUCACCCCGACGCUGCUGGCCACCGCGAGCUACGCGGCGUAUUUUUUGUUUGGAGGCUGUGCGGCGCUCACGGCGGGCGUGUGCUGGCUGUAUAUGCCCGAGACGAGGGGGCUGAGUCUGGGGGAGAUUGAUGAUGCGUUUCGGGAGAGGAAGAAGGGGGGUAGUGGGAGUGGGGGUGGUGGGUGGAAAGGGCUGGUGAGCACGGUGGUGAGGAGGACGGUCUUGAGGAGGAGGAUGCCGGCGGCUGUGGAGGUUUGAUGUCGUUUUGGAUGCCUAUGCGUGCUUUGCCGUUCAUUGCCUUUCAAUGUUAGUCGGUACUGCAGGUACCUGUGAUUUCGGU